AUGGACAACCACGACCGCCAAGAGCUCGACGAAGAACUGGACGACGAGGUGGACGCGCGUCAGCUGGAGCGGCGCAUGAGCGAGAGGCGGCGGGCCCGGUCCCUGCCCGCCUGCCCGGCGGCGGCCUCGCUGCUGCUGCGGAAGCGGGUCCAGUUCGCGGACUCUCUGGGUCUGAGUCUGGCCAGCGUCAAACACUUCAGCGCGCUCGAGGAGCCGCGGGUGCCCACCAAGGUGGUCUCCAGACACACGCCGCGGGCGGGGGGAGGGCGCCUGGUGGCCUGCUUCGCCGAGCCCGCGGACCCGGACUCUCGGGUUCGGGUCCUGCGCGUGUGCCUGGAGCGUCUGUCCGUCACGCACUUCGACGUGCGCGGGCAGGUGCGCGUGCUGAGCGGGUGCGCGCGCAGCGACGUGGGCGUGCGCUACACCUUCAACGAGUGGCUGUCCCACGUGGACGCGCAGGCUCUGCUCGUGGACGCGCAGCUGGCGGGCGGCGGCAGCUCGCGCUACGCCUUCACCGUCUACACGCCCCCCGAGAUGGAGGCGGGGGCCGCGGUGCACCUGGCCGUCUACCUGCGCUCGGACGAGGGCGACUUCUGGGACAACAACGACGGACGAAAUUUCACGCUGCGGUACCGCGCCCCUGCUAACCCUCCACCUGACCCCGCCCACCGACCGCUCUCCGCGGCAUCCGCAUGCGACCCCGACAAAAUCACAUGA